CUAAGUUACAUAUUUAUAUUCCUGUUUUGAUUUUUUGGCGGAGUGCUAUGCCUUAUGGGGUUCACUGGGUUGCAAAAGGAGCCAUAUACAUAUUUUCUGGGAGAUUUCUGCUGAUUUGGAGGGAACAAAAAUAAGGUGAGUGCCCCCACCCGUCUCCCUCCCCACUAAUACUUCAACUAAAUGAGGGAAGGGGAGAUGAGUCUCUCUCCUCCAAUCGAACCAAACACACCCUACGGCAAUGCUUAUGUCAAUGGAAUGACUUAUUAUCAACCGAGAGCGUAUGUGGUUCGUUUUCAAAUCUGCAGAAUAUGCAGCACUACAAGGCUUGCGCCACCGCUCCUACCCACCGGCACUAAGAGACUCCGCCGAUUCUCCGCCGUCACAGGAGGAGCUGGCGGUUCUUCCAUCACCUUAUCCGCCAGCAAAUGGGCCGAUCGCCUUCUCGCCGACUUCCACUUCCUCCCUUCCUCCUCCUCCCAUCCUCCGGAACAGAAGAACUUAUCUGGUGCUCUCACUCCCCAGCCGCUUGAAAUUCCGGAGCGCCCCGUCUCGUUGCCCUUAGACUUCUACAGAGUGCUCGGAGCUGAAACUCACUUCCUCGGAGACGGCAUAAGAAGAGCCUAUGAGGCCCGCAUUUCUAAGCCACCACAGUAUGGUUAUAGUCACGAAGCUCUAAUUAGCCGCCGCCAGAUCCUUCAAGCUGCCUGUGAAACCCUUGCGGACCCUAGCUCUCGAAGAGACUACAACCAGAGUCUUGCAAACCAUGAAUCUGAUGCCCUUCUCACUCAAAUUCCAUGGGAUAAGGUUCCAGGAGCAUUAUGUGUUUUGCAAGAAUCAGGCCAGGCUGAACUUGUUCUUCAGAUCGGGGAAAGUUUGCUGAAAGAACGGCUUUCUAAGUCAUUCAAACAUGAUGUCGUCUUAGCAAUGGCCCUUUCUUAUGUUGAUCUAUCUAGGGAUGUAAUGGCCAUUUCUCCACCAGAUUUUGUUAAUGGUGCUGAGUAUCUUGAAAAGGCAUUAAAGUUACUACAGGAAGAAGGUCCAAGUACCCUUGCCUCAGACCUACAGGCACAGAUAGACGAGACACUGGAAGAGAUCAACCCACGUCGUGUGCUAGAGCUUCUGGCCUUACCACUCGACGAUAAUCAUCAAACGAGACGAGCAGAAGGUCUUCAAGGAGUACGUAAUAUCCUGUGGGCUGUUGGAGGAGGAGGCGCAACUGCCAUCUCUGGGGGGUUUACCCGAGAAGGUUUCAUGAAUGAAGCCUUUCAACAUAUGACCGCUGCAGAGCAGGUUGAUCUAUUUGUUGCCACACCAAGUAACAUACCAGCUGAGAGUUUUGAGGUCUAUGGAGUUGCACUUGCACUUGUUGCUCAGGCUUUUGUUGGCAAAAAACCUCACCUCAUCCAAGACGCGGACAACCUCUUUCAACAACUUCAGCAAAGCAGAGUGAGCUCUGCACUAGAAAGGGGACUUUGCUCGCUUCUGGUGGGAGAAGUUUACGAAUGUCGCUCAUGGUUAGGCUUAGACAGUGAGGACUCACCAUAUAGAGAUCCGUCCAUUGUCACGUUCGUUCUUGAACAUUCCAGAGUUGACAAUGAAAAUGAUCUUCUUCCUGGACUUUGCAAGUUGUUGGAGACAUGGUUGUUGGAAGUUGUGUUUCCCAGGUUUAUGGAGACACGAUCUAUGCAAGUCAAACUUGGGGACUAUUAUGACGACCCAACAGUUUUGAGCUAUUUAGAGAGAAUGGAAGGAGUUGGCGGCUCACCUUUGGCUGCUGCUGCGGCUAUUGCUAGAAUUGGGGCCGAAGCUCAUGCUGUGCUUGACAGUGUGAAGGCUAGUGCUAUUCAGGCAUUGCAAAAGGUUAUUCCCCUUGGUGAUGAACUAAUUAGACAUGACGUUGAAACUUAUCCUCCUGAAAAUGUCAUGGUUGGUUCUUCUGAUGGAUUACAACUUUCUAACGAGGAGGAGAAUGAAAGGAUUGCUUACAGAAUAAAAGAUCUGGUUGUUAAGAUUACAUCUGCUGGUGUGGUUGUUGGUGUUCUAACAUUAAUUGGGCUGAGAUUUUUACCACACAGGUCUGACACUUCUGAUCUGCUACGUAAAGAUGGUGGAACAACUAUGAUUUCUGAAGUUGUCAACGUAGAGCCCUCAAUAAUUGAGAUAUCUGAGGAAGUUCCUAAAAUGGAUGCUAGGUUUGCUGAAAGCCUUGUUCGCAAGUGGCAGGACAUUAAAUCUCAGGCUCUGGGACCUGACCAUUGUCUUGAGAAAUUGUCAGAGAUCUUGGAUGGUCAGAUGCUGAGGGUAUGGACUGACCGGGGGGCAGAAAUUGCGCAGCACGGCUGGUUUUGGGAUUACACCCUGCAGAACCUCACCAUUGAUAGUGUCACUGUAUCUAUGGACGGGCGGCGGGCAGUUGUGGAGGCGACGCUUGAAGAAUCUGCCCGGCUGACUGACGUGGCUCAUCCCGAACACGAUGAUUCAUACGAUACCACAUAUACAACAAGAUACGAGCUGUCCUGUGGCAACUCUGGAUGGAGAAUUGUAGACGGUGCCGUCCUCAAAUCUUAAUGGUUUCUUUUCUUCCUUUUUCUUCUUCUUGGGUGGGGGUAUUAGGCGUAAUUUUUUUUAUAUGUAAAUUCUGUCCUUGUUAUUAUUGUACUGCACUAGGUGAAGUACAUUUUGAUCCACCAUAAGAAUUUUACUCUAGGCUUUAAUAUUCUUAAGAAGCUACGAAGUUAUUGACAAAAGAUUGGGUUCGAUAUAAUACAGGUAGUCGUUUCAU